AACAUGGAGAAACACCUGUUCAGCCUGAAGUUCGCGGCCAAAGAACUGAACAGGAGUGCCAAAAAAUGCGACAAGGAGGAAAAGGCCGAAAAGGCCAAAAUUAAAAAGGCCAUUCAGAAGGGCAACAUGGAAGUUGCGAGGAUACACGCUGAAAAUGCCAUCCGCCAGAAGAACCAAGCGGUGAAUUUCUUGAGAAUGAGUGCGCGGGUGGAUGCGGUGGCUGCCCGAGUCCAGACCGCGGUGACCAUGGGCAAAGUGACCAAGACCAUGGCCGGUGUGGUGAAGACUACGGAUGCGACGUUGAAGACCAUGAAUCUGGAGGAGAUCUCCGCUUUGAUGGACAAAUUCGAGCACCAGUUUGAGACCCUGGACGUCCAGACGCAGCAAUUGGAAGACACGAUGAGCAGUACGACGACGCUGAGCACUCCCCAGAACCAGGUGGACAUGCUGCUCCGGGAAAUGGCAGAUGAGGCGGGCCUCGACCUCAGCAUGGAGCUGCCGCAGGGCCAGACCAGUUCCGUGGGAAUGAGCUUGGCUUCGGCUGAGCAGGAUGGACUGUCCCAGAGACUGGCCCGCCUUCGGGAUCAAAUCUGA